UUCAUUGACAGGGGCAAUUUUUUCCCGCAGUGUGUAAAAUUAACGUACUUGUUUGUCGGCUUAGACUUCACUGUGCGGAGUUGACACGGAAGAAUUGGCCAAGAUGAGCGAUCACCCAGACAUGAUUGACCCUAUGGUCGACACCGCUGGAAAGAGGGGAAUGUUUUCUCGCAUGAGAAGACCCCGACAGAUGUCGACUUCGUGUCUCAAAUGGAUGAGGAAGAACCUGCUGUUGGUGCUGACAGUCAUCGCUGUAUUCUUUGGAGUGCUGGUGGGCUUCUUGUCCAGACUGAGCACUCCGUCUCCCGACACCAUCAUGCUGAUCUCCUUCCCGGGAGACUUGCUGAUGCGGAUGUUGAAAUGCCUCAUUUUGCCGCUCAUUGUAUCGUCCAUGAUAACAGGUCUCGCUUCUCUGGAUGCAAAGUCUAGUGGUCGUAUGGGUCUCCGAGCCAUUGUGUACUACUUCACAACAACAUUCAUAGCCAUCAUUAUUGGAAUCAUCCUGGUCGUGUCCAUUCACCCCGGCAAGCACACUGGCCCGGGAAAGUCACUGAUGGAUGCUACUGAUGAGAAGCCACCAUCGUCCACUGAUGCCUUCCUGGAUCUCAUUAGGAAUAUAUUCCCAGACAAUAUUCUCCAGGCUGGGUUCCAGCACACAAGAACAGUGUAUGUCAAAGCGAAAGAGGAGGAGGAGGUUGAUGCUAAUCUGACCGCCCUGUUUAACGAAACCAUCACCACGACAACGGUCAUGACGACAGUGACAGACAACUCCACAGGAGCCAACACCACAUACGUCCUGUUGAAGGAAGAAAAAUGGACUCGGACAUUUCCUUACUCUAAUGGAAUAAAUGUUUUAGGUUUAAUCAUGUUCUGUACAGCGUUCGGCAUCAUUAUGAGCAACAUGGCAGAGAAGGCAAAACUGAUGGUGGACUUCUUCUUCAUCCUGAAUGAGAUCAUCAUGAGGAUAGUAGGAAUGGUCAUGUGGUACUCCCCUAUUGGUAUAUUCUUCCUAAUCAUCGGGAAGAUCCUGUCUCUGGAAGACCCUGCUAAGGUGGGUGAACAGUUGGGCAUGUACAUGCUGACGGUGUUGUCCGGCCUUAUCAUCCACGCUGUCAUCGUCCUCCCUGCCAUCUACUUCGUCAUUUGCAGGAAGAAUCCUCUGAAGUUGUUCAUCGGCAUCCUCCAGGCUUGGGUCACAGCUUUAGGUACAGCGUCAAGCUCUGCAACACUGCCAGUGACAUUCCGAUGUCUGGAAGAAAACUUGAACAUUGACCGUCGUGUGACAAGGUUUGUCCUGCCCAUCGGCUCCACCAUCAACAUGGACGGCACAGCACUGUACGAAGCUGUCGCACCAAUCUUCAUCGCACAGAUGAAUGGCAUUGACCUCAACUUCGGCAAGAUCCUCACAAUCAGUCUGACAGCAACAUGUGCCAGCAUUGGCGCUGCCGCCAUCCCUAGUGCUGGUCUGGUUACCAUGGUUAUGGUCCUGACAUCUGUUGGACUUCCUGCUGAUGAUGUCAGUCUUAUUCUGGCUGUUGAUUGGUUCUUGGACAGAAUCAGGACAUCUGUGAACGUAUUGGGUGACAGUUUUGGUGCUGGAGUCAUCGCUCAUCUGUCCCGCCAUGAGUUGUCUGAGGACCGUCAUGCACCGCUGGACGACAACGUUGAGAUGAAGGAUGCAGAUGACUGGGCGAACCAGGCCAACGGGGAGGUCCCACCCGAGGAGGCCAAGAUGAUGGAUGGUUGAAUCACGCGACUGAACUCACGACAUCACUCACAGCUCUAUUAGUCACAAAACUUUUCUACGGUUUAGAAAUAUAUGUGAUGGUUUCGACUACAUGGAUUCCAAAA